GAAAGGAUUUAAUUUGAAGAAAUCCUAAUUUUUAGAAGUAAAUUGAAGAGAUUAGAGACUUGAGGAUCAACUUGUGCAGAAUCUAGAAGUCAGGAACCAAAUCUGCUAUUUUACCAUUGAAGAAAUUACAAAAGGAGACCAAAAACCCGACACGGGUGUAGUGUCGACACGUAACCGAGGUGUCGACACCAUGCGCUAAGCGUCCAGAAUCAGAUUCUGUUUCCUAUUUUGUGUCAACACGUAAUUCGAAGUGUCAGCACCACGCGAUCAGCAUCUAAAAUUCAGUUUCCUAUUUCUAUUCCAAGAAUGGAUUUAAUUGGAAGAAAUCCUAGUUUUUAGAAGUAAAUUGAAGAGAUCAGAGACUUGAGGAUCAACUUGUGCAGAAUCCAGAAGUCAGGAACCAAAUCUGCUAUUUUACCAUUCAAGAAAUUGCAAAAGGAGACCAAAAACCCGACACGGGUGUAGUGUCGACACGUAACCGAGAAUGAGAAGAAGAAACUUCGAAACCUUCUUCUUCUUCCUCAUCAAUCUUUGUUUCUCUCUCUCCCCAAGCAGCCUUCUUCCUUCUCAGCCGACAGCCACCUUCUGCUUCUUUCUCCGAUCACCAUCACCACCAUCCUCUUACCGAUUUCAUCAUCGCCAUAGUCGGCAACCACCUCCUUCCUUAACCACAGCCGGCAACCACCUCCCUUCUUCAAACCCGCUGGCAACCCUCUCCUUCUCCCAUCACGAUCAAGCACCUCUUCCAUACCCAAAAUCUCUUCGGACCAUAACUUCUCUUUCUUCCUCCGGUUUCCUCUUCUUCCUCCUUGAACAGCCGACAGCCACUCCUCAAGAAAGAAAGUCACCGUCGACCUUCUACCUCUCCCUCCUUUUUCCUCUCCUUUCCUUCUCUCAGCUGCUCCCUCGCACGACGGUAUUUUUAGCCGAACUUCAAACCCAGAAUCGGAUAGAUCCUCUAAAGCCUUCGUCGAGCGCUUCCACAGAGCCUUCCACGCGGAUUGUUCCGGCUUUGUAAAUUUCUGCCAAGGAGAUUUUGUGUUGUUUUUCGAAGGACAGAAGAUCUAAGGCUCGCCAAAUGUCGUAGCCGAACUCAUCAAUCAGAUCCAUGCCGGCGAGUAAGCAUCGGAAUUGAAAAGGGGAGAGCUAGCUUUGUAUAUUGGUGACGGAGGUGAUGUACACGCGAAGCUCCGGCGACUCAGCCAGAUCUUUAUCGUCAUCCAACUGAAACAGAUCUGCAAACCAAAUCUAUGCCAGCUACAGAUCACGAGUGGGUGACGACAAGAUGAAUUGGGCAUAGAUGAAGGCCCAAAUACAUCUUGCAAGGGUAAAGAUCGGCGAGGCCCAAGUGCAUUUCGCAGAUUCUGGUAGAAGAUAAAGAUCGGAGAAGCCCAAAAGCCAUGGAUCCAAAUGGCCCGGAGAGUUAUUUCUGGAAUGUUCCUUUUAGGGUUUCAUUGUUUAGAUAUAAAUAGAGGGCUUUAGGUUAGAAAUAGGGGGUUCUUUUGGUUGAGUCUGGUGUUGACGGCGGAGUAAAAGGGGGGGUUCUUUUGGUUUUGAGUGUGGUGUUGACGGCGGAGUAAAGGAGGGAUUUUUCUGCUGGAAGGAGUCUGUUUUGUGAAAGGAGAUUGUUGAGGUUGCAAGAGGGAUUCCAUUUUCUGGAGUUGUCAUCUUUAGGUAUAGCCCUGAACAUAGGAUUUUUGUUAAGAAAAUGGUGAAGGAGAUGGUGGAAGCUUGAUCCCGUGGGUGGGUUUCUUCCAUCAGAUCUAGAUCUGUUUUUCUCUCAAAAAAUAUCUGCCCUCUUUGUUCUUAUUUUGUGGGUGUUUGGUUUUUUUUUUAAGAUCUGAUGUUAAGAUUGUACGUGUUUCAUUGGACAAUGAAUGAAAAAAAAAAAAUUAUUCGGUUUAUUUUUUAAUGAAUGUGUUUAUCUUUU